AAAAAACAUGACAUCCGCGAUAUUCGAGAACGGGCCAGACCCAUGCGUAGUUAAAUAGCCCGUGGAUCCGGAUACACUGGUAAUGGUUAAACGGAGCCUAAUUAUAGGUUCCGAACGGGUCACAAAUCCGGACCCGGAAAAACGGGGCCCCGGUGACGGAUAUACGAAACCCGGACACGACCGCGAGCCCUAGUCCCGAGCACGUACAUUCAUCUCGCUCAUGCUUACGGUCAGUGAGAGUGAGAGAAGAACAGGAAUCUACGGGGCCAUAAUAUAUUUACUUGUGUCAACUGGUUUACUUUUUGCAAUCCUAUUUUUGUCAUCUUUCUGCUCAGUUUUGAAAACAAAAAAUACCAGUUCAAUAAAUGACUUAAUGAUUUUAUUUAUGUUUACUUCAUUAUAAACUUCCUUGCCUUGGCCAAAACCGGCAUUUCGAUAAUAGCUCCGCAUAGUAAUAACAUGUCGAAGUGAUACGAAGUCAUAAGGUACAAAAGACCGAAUUAGGCUCUGGCCUUGGCUUCACAAACGUUGCGUACGAAACGAAUGCGAGCAGCUGUUAUCUUUAUUUUAACUCUAACCAACGAAGGUGAAACAUCCCAUUUAAUCGCAUCUAACCGGUAUCAGAUAUUAAACAUGGAGUUAGAAAAUACGCCGAAAAAGAGCAGAGAAUGUGAUAUUAAUGAGGAUUAUAUUGAGAAAACAAUUGGUGCGUUCGGUGUGUGGCAGGCGAAAGUGUGCGUUCUUGCGUCCUUGACCAGAUUCUUGGCUAUGUGGAACAUGUUAAAUAUAAUGUUCCUGACCUACGACAGCAGCUUUACUUGUGUUAGAUUCAACAGGUCUCAACCAGGGAAUGUGACCCCUUCAACGUGCUACGAAAACUGUGUUAAGUACGAGUUCGGGGAAGGCCUGUUUCUCAAAGGUUUUGUGGAAGAGUUCGCACUGAUUUGCGAUAGAGCCUGGAUGACUAGUUUUGCACAGACCAUACUGAUGUUUGGUUUGCUCUUCGGAGUUUCUUUGUUUGGAUGGAUCUCAGACAGAUUUGGCCGCAGCAAAGCGAUGUUUUAUUCCGCUUUCCUGGUGGUGGUUUUCAUGUUAGGUUCCUGUUUCGCGCCGGACUAUUGGACGUUCUGCGGUCUACGGUUCCUUAUUGGAGUCGCCACUGGUGGGCAGAUGAUCGUAGCCGUUGUUCUCGUAUUGGAGGUGGUUGGAUCCCGACAUCGAGAGAUUACUGGUGCCUGUAUAUCCUUGCCCGAUGGUAUCGCCGAGGCAACCUUAGUUGCCUUCGCUCAUUUUGCCCCUACCUGGAGGGUAUACUUGCUGUCAAUGUGCACUGUGUCAGCUCUGUUGAUGGUCUUCCAAAUAUUGCUGCCCGAAUCCCCGCGGUGGUUGAUGUCUAGGGGACAAGAGGAAAAAGCAAGGAAGAUUUUGACAAAGGCUAUUAUUUGUAACAAUUUGAGUACAACUGCUGUGGAUGAACAUUUCAAAAGCCCAAUUCCAACUGAAUCCAAGAAGAAAAACAAAGCGACGUAUUUCAAUCUGUUCAAUUCAAGGAAGUUAGCUGUCAGGAGUUUGGCCACUGUCUCCGUUUGGAUCGUGAACGGAGUCUGCUUCUUUGGCAUCAACCAAUAUUGCACGUUUUUGGGCACGAAUGUUUAUCUUUCUGUUGUUGUCAUGGGACUCAUGCAGAUACCAGCUUGCUUCGUCGCAACAUGGCUGAACAAAGUAUUUGGUAGAAAAGCAACUAUGAUAAGCAAUUUCGGCAUUAUUGGCCUGACCAUGUUACUACUGAUAUUUACUCCAAAAGAUCAUUGGAGUGCUUUAACUUUGGGAAUCAUCGGAUUGUGGGCAGUUAAUAUUACUUGCAACGUUCUCUACGUUUGGGUCGCAGAAUUGUUCCCUACUCCAUUAAGGAACAUGGCUUACGGUAUGGGUUCUUCGGGAGCUAAGGUCGGAGCUAUGGUUGCCCCUUUCAUUGCGAAUCUCGGUCCUCAUUGGAUGCCGUCGUUAAUAUUCUCAACAAUAUCAUUCUUAGGUGUUAUCACUUGUUACAUUUUGCCAGAAACAAAAGGGAAGAAAUUAGAAGACGACUUAGAUCAUGCAAAUCAACCAAAUUAGAAUAUUAAAGCUUUUUUGAAUUAACUAAAAGCUUAAUCUGACGAUUUAAAUUGCUAAAGAAGUUGUUAUGUAAAGAAACGAACUGGCUCAAAUAUUCACAAAGAUCACAUUGACAUUUCAAGAUGGAAAACCAGGCUCUUAUCUAUGGAGUGUGGAAUUAAGAGGAGUGACAUCUCAUUGUUGGUUGGCAGAGCCUUUAUCAGACAUAGCAAUCAGCGUAUACCACUUUAUUGAUCUCUCCCUUACGUAGGGAGCUAUGAAAGCACCCAUGAGGCGGACAUGUGCACCUAGAGUGUCCAAAGCCUCAAUAAAAAUCAGAUUAAAAAAAAAAUCUCUUAUGGUAGAACUGUUGCAAAAGUGUCCAGCUGUUAGCU